CUGCAGGGAGGGGCGGGCGCAGGCGGACCGGCUCUGUGCUGGGGAGGGGCCAGCACCCAGCGGCCGCCCAGCUCCGUGAGGGGUUCAGUCUGUGGUGAGGGGUUCAGUCUGUGCCGGACGGACGGACGGAGGGACUUCACUUCCCAGGAGCCGAGGGACCCUUUGUGCCCUCCCUCCAGGACGGCCCGCGUCUCCGACCAGCUGUCCCUCCGACUGCUCACUUGCUGAGCCACAGGCAGGACAGUCGGACGUGUGGUCGGGGAGCUCCCAGCGCGGCCGCAGGAGAGCGCGGGGAGCCGCUGAGGAGCCGCUGGGUCGCUGGUGCUCCCUCCUGUCGCCGCCCGCCUGCCCGCCCUGCUCAGCUGCUCCGGCGCCCCCGCCCCAGCAUGUGCCCUCAGCCUGUGGAAUGCGUGGGGCCCAGGCCCGGCCCCCACAGCGCCCGCCUGGCCCCGUCCACGCAUGGAGCGCGCUGAGCCCGGCCGCCCUGCCCGUCCCACCCGCGGCUGCCGCCCCGACCCCCCGGGGCCCCCCGGCCCCCCCCAGCCCCAGCCCCGCGAGCCCGGCCCCCGGCCCGGGCGGCCCAUGCGCCCCGACAUGCGGCUGCGGGAGCUGUCCCUGCGCCAGGACCCCGACCUGCGGCAGGAGCUCGCCUCGCUGGCCCGCGGCUGCGACUUCGUGCUGCCCUCGCGCUUCAAGAAGAGGCUCAAGGCCUUCCAGCAGGUGCCGUGUCUGCGUGAGCCCCGGCCGCCGGCCGCCAGCCAGAGCAUCCCCGCCUUCUACUUCCCCCGCGGCCGCCCGCAGGGCACGGCGGACAGCGACGCCGUCAUCGCCAGGAUAGAGCGGACCUUCGCCCAGUUCCCGCACGAGCGGGCCGCCAUGGAGGACAUGGGCAAGGUGGCCAAGGCCUGCGGCUGCCCGCUGUACUGGAAGGGGCCGCUCUUCUGUGCCGCCGGCGGAGAGCGCACAGGCUCCGUCUCUGUCCACAAGUUCGUGGCCAUGUGGAGGAAGCCGCCCUCUGCCCAGGAUCCUGCAGAACUGCCACGACGAGGCCACGCGGUUCGUGCACCUGCUCAUGAGCCCGGGCUGCAACUACCUGGUGCAGGAGGACUUCGUCCCCUUCCUGCAGGACGUGGUGAACACGCACCCGGGCCUGGCGUUCCUGAAGGCGGCGUCGGAGUUCCACUCGCGCUACAUCACCACCGUCAUCCAGCGGAUCUUCUACACGGUCAACAGGUCCUGGUCCGGCAGGAUCACCUGUGCCGAGCUCCGGCGGAGCUCCUUCCUGCAGAACGUGGCGCUGCUGGAGGAGGAGGCGGACAUCAACCAGCUGACGGAGUUCUUCUCCUACGAGCACUUCUACGUCAUCUACUGCAAGUUCUGGGAGCUGGACACCGACCACGACCUGCUCAUCGGCCAGCAGGACCUGGCCCGGCACAACGACCACGCCAUCUCCACCAAGAUGAUCGAGAGGAUCUUCUCGGGAGCCGUGACGCGGGGCCGGAAGGUGCAGGAGGGGAAGAUCAGCUACGCCGACUUCGUGUGGUUCCUGAUCUCCGAGGAGGACAAGAGGACCCCCACCAGCAUCGAGUACUGGUUCCGCUGCAUGGACCUGGACGGGGACGGGGCGCUGUCCAUGUUCGAGCUGGAGCACUUCUACGAGGAGCAGAGCCGCCGGCUGGAGGGCCUGGGCAUCGAGGCCCUGCCCUUCGAGGACUGUCUGUGCCAGAUGCUCGACCUGGUCCGGCCCCAGAGCCCAGGGAGGAUCACGCUGCGGGACCUGAAGCGCUGCCGCCUGGCCCACGUCUUCUUCGACACCUUUUUCAACGUCGAGAAGUACCUGGACCACGAGCAGAGGGAGCAGGUGUCCCUGCUCAGGGAGACGGAGGCGGAGGGCCCCGAGCUGUCGGACUGGGAGCGGUACGCGGCCGAGGAGUACGACCUGCUGGUGGCCGAGGAGGCUGCGGGGGAGCCCUGGGACGACGGGUACGAGGCGGAGCUGGGCGGCCUGUGCCCGUCCCUGGCCCAGAGGCCCUUCCUGGAGGCGCCGGCGCUGGGCGCGGUGCACCUGUUCGACUGCGAGGCCGACGAGGAGCUGCAGCCGUCCUGAGCCCUGAGCCCCGGCCCGGGUCCGAGCGGGCGGCCCCGGGGGGACAGCGUGUGCGUGUGGGCUGAGCUUCUACAGACGUGAGCUGCGUGUGCGACGGCGACCUGUUUAUUCACACGGAGGCCGGUCCCCGCCCCCCUGGCGGGCAGAGCAGGCGCCCCGGACCCGGGGACGCGGCGGGACCCCCGCAGCCCUGGCUGGCUGCCCCGGGAGGUGUGGGGGAGACGGGCCCAGGACGGUUCGCACCCCGGGGCCCGGCGUCGGCCCGGGAGGCCCUGCCUGACCUCGGCCAGUGCGCCCGAGCUGGAGCCGCGCGGCUCUCUGCACGCGUGUCCCUCUGCACGCGUGUCCGGGCACGGGGCCCCCACACGGGCGCUGAGGUGGCCGCGUCCUCCUGAAUGUACAGACCGUGUAAAGUGAACUGUUAUUUGCCGUGCAGAGCGAUUUUAAAACGUUUUACGAGAUCACAUUUGUAUUUUCGAAUAAAUAACUUGAGGGUUUUCA